AUGCAGACCGCUGUUGGCGGCUCCCGCUCGCACUCCCGCUGGCCCGCGAGAGGAAUGCAGGGAAUGAAGUCCAUCAUCCUCGCCUGUACGCUCGCCGUCGCCAGCGCCUCUGCCGUGACGCCUGUGCAGGAGGUAUUGAACAUGCUCAGCGAAAUGAAGACCAAGGGCGAAAAGAUGAUGGCCGACGAGCAGAAGAUCUUCGCCGAGUACCAGGAGUGGGUCGACGACAAGCAGAAGGAGCUGAAUUUCGAGAUCGAGACGGGCGAGGCCACCAUCGAGAAGUUGACUGCGUUCAUCGAGGCCGCGGAGAACAAGAUCGCGGUGCUAGCCAAGAAGAUCGCGGAGGACGAGGCAAACAUCGCCGCCCUCGAGGACGAGAAGGCCGCGGCCACCCAGAUGCGCGAUGCGCAGCACGCCGAGUUCCUGAAGGUGGAGCAGGACCACUCUGAGUCUGUGGACGCGCUGGAGCGGGCCAUCCAGGUGCUCGGCGCGCAGGGCUACUCUCGGGCUCAGGCUGAGUCGCUGCUGCAGACGAUGGCGAAGCAGAGGCCGGGGCUGCGCGUGGCGCUGGCUGCUUUCUUGCAGGAGCGGGCGUCGGAGGACGGCGCGCCCGAGGUGUCCGCGUACGAGUUCCAGUCGAGCAGCAUCAUGGACCUCCUGGAGAAGCUGCUGGACAAGUUCAAGGCCCAGCUGGACGAGGUGCAGACGGACGAGAACAACAGGCAGCACGCGUUCAACCUGCAGGAGGAGCACCUGUCCAACUCGAUCAAGCAGCUCAGCGCGGAGCGCGAACGGAAGGCCGAGGAUAAGGCCGACACCGAGGCGGCCUCCGCGACGGCGCAGGGCAAGCUGGCGCAGGCCAAGUCGGACUUGUCGGACGACAAGACGUUCUUGGCGCACGUCACCGCGACCUACGAGGAGAAGCACUCGCAGUACGACGUGAACCAGGGUGUGCGCAAGCAGGAGCUGGAGGCUCUUGCGAAGGCCAUCGAAAUCAUCGCCAACCCGGAUGUGGCAGGCAGCUACGGGGAGCACAUCAACGCAGAGCUCGCGCAGGUCUCUCCCCACAAGGCGGCCAACUUCCUCCAGACCGGCGGCACCCGGACCGGGCGCGCCGCCGCGCGCCAGCAGGCCACAGAGUUCUUGCAGAGGCGCGCCGCGGCACUGAACUCGAACACGCUCGCCGAGCUCGCCAGGGUGAUGGGCAGCUCCUCCGAGAACCCUUUCGCGAAGGUGAUCACGAUGGUCGAAGACCUGCUCGAGAAGCUGAAGGCCCAGGCCGCGGCCGAGGCUGAGCACAAGGCGUGGUGCGACGAGCAGCUCAAGGAGAACAAGCACAAGCGUGACGCGAAGACCGCGGCCGUAGAGAAGCUCACGGCCGAGAUCGCGAAGCUGACGGGCGAGAUCGCCGACAUGGGCGCGCGGAUCGAUGUGCUGAUCCAGGAGCAGGCCGACCUGACCAAGGCAAUGUCCGAAGCCACCGAGAUCCGGCAGAAGGAAAAGGCCGAGAAUUUGGACACCAUCGCGGAUGCCAAGGCGGGUUCCGCCGCCGUGGCGAGCGCGUUGAGCAUUCUGCAGGAGUUCUACUCUUCGCAGGCGUCUUUCCUGCAGAGGGGCAAGCAGGUGCCCGAGAUGGCGGCGUACAAGGGCAUGUCCGGCGGUGGUGUAAUCGGGAUGCUUGAGGUCAUCCAGACCGACUUCAUGCGCCUGGAGGCUGACACGACGGCGGCCGAGGCGCAGGCAGCGAAGGAGUACGCCGCGUUCAUGGCCGAAUCCGAGGCCACCAAGAAGAAGAAACACGAGGAGGAGGUGCAGACGAAGCUCGACAUGGACCAGGCCGAGUUCGACAAGGGCGAGCUGGAGAAGGACUUGGCCGCUGAGCAGGCCCAGCUGGACGCGGCCAACCAGUACUACGCGGAGCUCAAGCCGCAGUGUCUCCAGGUGCCUGUCAGCUACGAGGAGCGCGUGCAGAAGCGCGAGGAAGAGCUAGCUGCGCUCAACGAGGCGUACGACAUCCUCAGCCAGAAGUCGGUGGUGCGGACCGCGUGA